CAAACCGGAGGAAAGAACAGAACACGGUUAUAUCCUGAAGCUUGUAAAAAAUCUUACGCAAUGCUGUAGGUUUUGAAUUCAUUCUUGUCUUGUAUAUUGCUCUCCACCCCAUGGUGUCAGCUAUAGUCAAGUCCUUAUGAGCUCUGUUUUUAAUGCACUCGAUUGGUAGGUAGAGAACCAAUGAGAAAUUGUAGUAAGUCAACAGUUGGCACUAUUCCCAUUGGUUGACAGAACGGUAUUCCAACUGGGUAUAUUACUUUCUGGUAUUUCCAUUGGGAUCCCAAUUACAGUACUUUUUGUAAGAAAAACAUUUAAAAUGCACCAUAGAAGGUAUUGAUAUGGUUGCUAAGGAAACCGCUUGUUUGGCCUCCAAGGCAAAAAGCAACAUGCCUCUGGGCUUUGGAUCAGGAGGAUCUGUUCACUCCCUCUUUCUCUCUCCCUCACUCUCUCUCUUUCUCCCCCUCCCUCGAUCUCUUUUUCUCUCUAUCUCUCAAUUUCUCUUUCUAGCUCUGUGUCACUCUGUAAAAAAUGAUCCUUCUCCCUCUCUCCCCCCUCCCCUCUUUCUUUUUCUCUCUAUCAUGCCAGUUGGUGACAGAUUGGUGCUGAGAGAGAGAGAGAGAGGAGGAUUAACUUCAGCUUCCCUUGCAAGCUGUUAGUAGAGUCAGUGGGGGAGAGCGAGGGGAAGGGAAUGCAGAUGAUCUGUUCUAUAGAGAAUGCUGUGCUCACCGAAGGCUGGGAUUACAAAGGAUUAUAUUAUGAAAGUCAGCAAAGGAUGAGGUUAGGAUUGAGACGCUGGCCCCCUCCUCUCUUUGUCCUGCUGGUGUCCGUAUCUCUGGCUCUCCAUCUGGUCCUCGCCCUCCUGUCCCUCCUGGUCCUCCAGCGGCCCUGUGACCCCCAUUCCCCUCUCAGAACCAACGCCUUCCCCCAUCCCGCCAACUCCAACCUCACUGCAGCAAAGGCUGGCUCGCCCAAGCUGAGCCCCGAUUCCCGAAAUGCAGGCUCGUCAAGGAAAAUGGACAGCAACCAGAACCCCCAUGCGGCCGGAAAGGAGGGGCACGCAUUCUCGCCCCCUGACAGGACGGGGUACCCCGUCUCCUCAGGCAGGAGCAUGGGCUCGAGCCCCUCCAAACUGCAGGCCCUCUUCAGCCACCCUCUGUACAACCUGCCACGCCCGCCAAUCCAGGAAGACGAUUGGCUGCUGAGAGUGAAGCCGAAGGUGAAGGACAACGAGAGAGACAGCACACAGGAGUGGAUAAGCGACAGUGAGGACGGGUACGACGCAGCCCACUGGGACAGCACCACGGAGUCGCACCCCCCCUGGCUCCGCUUCCACCUGGGAAUCUCUCGCUGGCAGCUCUACGACAGGAAGGACACCGACCUGCAGGCGCUGCUGGAACAGCUGGCCACCCACCGCAUCGUCAGCGCAGUACAAAAACCAGGCGGAACUCAACUCAAGCUGGUCAUGUCCUUCCCAAACUACGGACAGGCACUCUUCAAACCCAAGAAGCAGGACAGGGACGCAGAGACAGACUUCAACCUGUUCUACUUCUCUGACUUUGAGAGACACAAUGCCGAGAUUGCUGCCUUUCACCUGGACAGGUUGCUUGGUUUUCAGCGAAUACCACCAGUUGUCGGUAGGCUGAUCAACGUCACUGCAGAGAUCAAAGACAUCACCACUGACCGCAAACUGGCCCAGACCUUCUACACGUCCCCUGUGGGUAACGUGUGUUUCUACGGCCAGUGUUCGUAUUACUGCUCGACUGAGCAUGCGGUGUGCGGCCGUCCCUUAGCCCUGGAAGCCUCGCUGGCCGCCAUGUUGCCCGACCUCUCCCUGGCGCAGAGGAGGUCCUGGAGGAGCCCGUGGAGGCGGUCGUACAGCCGCAGCAAACUAGCACAAUGGGAAAAAGAGCCAAACUUCUGCGCGACUGUGAAAAAGACCCCUCCCUACAACAAAGGCACCCGACUUGUGGACCUGAUAGACAUGGCCAUACUGGACUUUCUCAUGAGUAACAUGGACAGGCACCAUUACGAGACCUUUGAGAAAUUUGGCAACAACACUUUUCUGCUGCACUUGGACAAUGGGCGGGCGUUUGGCCGUCACUCUCGUGAUGAACCCUCUGUUCUGGCUCCUCUGGAGCAGUGCUGCAGGAUCCGGCGCUCUACCCUCCUGCGCCUGCAGCUCCUGUCCCGCCCUCAGUACCGCCUCAGCGACGUCAUGCGCGCGUCGCUGUCCCAGGACCCGCUGACCGCCGUCGCCCCUCUCCUCUCCGAGCCGCACCUCUCCGCCUUGGACCGGCGCCUCGACGCCGUCCUCCAAACCGUGCGCCGUUGCCAAGGGCGUCGCCGCAGCGUCGGGCGCAGUGAUGACGUCGUCUAUGACGACAUGGCGGGCUACGCGGGCGGUGACACUCCAGCCAGGCUGUGAGGUCAUUCGCGCUGCCAGCUGCGCCACUGCAGCUCUGCAAAUUACGCAGGGAUGCUCUGACCCUGAACACAACUCUGUGCAAUGACAUCAUCAUUUGGCUGCAAAAUCAUGUGAUGUCAUCACAACUUCAUGGCAGAAAAACUAAAGAGGCGGGUCUGUAGCAUGUUGUCAAACAUAUUCAGCCAGGUCCUAAUUUUUGUGAGACCAAUGGAGAACUAAAUCAGUUAUUUGAUUAAAUAGCAUCAGUUAUUUUGGUAUUCCUUAUUGUCAUAUGCUAAGAUUUUCAGAUUUGGCCAGGGAAUCAAAGUGCAAAUGUUUAUUUAUAGAUGCCACAACAUCACAGCCUUAAACAGCAUGUCCUAUUCUCAACGAGAAGAAGAAAGUCAAUAAAAUCUAAUUAAACCUAAACAAGUCUCAUAUUUGCAUGAAGGAUAAAAUGUGCAAGUGGUACCACAGCAAAUUAUCUUCAGCAAGAGCCCGUCUGGGGUACCAUUCCCAUACCACACAAUACACUGCUCUCUUAUUUUAAAUCUUAAGCUACUAGGAACUGAAUUGAGGUAUUUUUCAGUAGAUUAUCGAGAUGCGCCUUCUUGCUGUGAGGCGACACUGCCACCCACUGCACCACCAUGCCACCCCAAAGUAAAAUCUCUAAAUUAAAAAAAUUAAAAAUCCACUUGAUAUUGUUCAGUUCCUUUUGGAAGUGCAGUGAUCUAUGCGCAGGCACCGUUGGUCACAUUAAAUGAGAUCAAACCAGGGCCCUCUGACUCCAGGUGGUCUUUACAGACUGCCCUGAUGCAUUAAAGACAGUGUGUGCUUAAGUUUAAUGCUGUCCAUUACUUUGCACCACGCACUGAGGAUGGAAGAGCCAUAUUUACUGAAAGUUCUUGCAAUGCACAUGUUUAAGGUUUUUGCACAUGCAAACUGUAUUGACCAAUGAAGUCAGUGGAAUUUUUCUUUUUUUUUUUUUUUGGAGCAGACAUCUUUUUCCGCAUGUGAAAGCCCUUAAUGCGGUUCUUCCGGGAAUAUGAAAUGAUAAGAAAGAAGGAAAAAAAGCAUAAGCAACCCCUUAAAGUGCCUUGUAAAGAGAAUACGGAGCUGUGACAAUUUUCUGUUACUCUGACAGAAAUUGCUAAAUGGCUAUAUGACUGAAAAUUAAAGAACAUUUUAAUGCAUAACUGCAACGUUUUAGAAAGUACAUUUUUCUAAAGAUAAAAUGUAAAAUGUAAGACAUACUAAGCAUGUAAACAAAACUUGAA